CUUUCUCCCCCCAAUAAUCUCUCUUUGCAGCUUGUAGCCUAGUGUAGUGUUAGAUGCAGCACUUGCAAUCAUUUCACAGCCUGCUUUAAAUCUCUGCCAGCUCAUUAGACCAAAGAAACACAUGAAUCCCUGGAAAACUGGCUAAUUUUUGUCUUACUUAACCAUAACAUGAUGACGAGUAAAGCUGCACCCCUGCAGAAAAAGAAGAGGAAAGAUUUUAUACCUUACUUUUUGGGCUUUGUAGUUUUUUUGUACGCUGCUGUUCAUCUUAUAUCAUUUACAGCAAAAACAACUCAGGAAAUCCACCCUUUCAGGCUGCGUCGAGCUCUUGAGAACGAGACAGAAUGCAUCUCACCUCAGGCUUCUGAGUUCCCUGAAGGCUUCUUCACGGUGCAGGAGAGGAAGGAUGGAGGGCUGGUCAUUUAUUUUAUGCUCAUUUUCUAUUUGCUUCUGGCUGUUUCAAUAGUCUGUGACGACUACUUCCUGCCAUCUCUGGAAGUAAUAAGUGAUCGUCUGGGACUGACUCAGGACGUAGCAGGAGCCACUUUCAUGGCAGCAGGAAGUUCUGCUCCUGAACUGGUCACAGCAUUUCUAGGCGUGUUUGUGACAAAGGGGGACAUCGGGGUCAGCACCAUUGUGGGAUCAGCUGUAUAUAACCUGCUGGCUAUCUGUGCUGCCUGUGGACUUUUGACCUCUGUGGUGGGUCAUCUCACCUGUUGGCCUUUAUUCAGGGACUGUCUGGCGUACGGGAUCAGCGUCGCUGCUGUUAUUGCCAUCAUUUCCGAUAACAAGGUGUACUGGUACGAGGCUGCUUCUCUGAUGCUCGUCUACGGCGUCUACAUUGUGGUUCUGUGCUUUGACCUUCGUAUAAGUGAGUUUGUCCUGAGGAAGCUGAGCCCUUGCUGCACCUGUUUGGGCUCAGGUGAAAAGUUAGAGAGACAGCCUCUGAUGGGCUGGAAUGAGGACACCAGCCUGAGAGUGCGUGGGCACUCCAGAACAGACAGUGGUAUCUUCCAGGAUGACUCGGGGUACUCUCACCUGUCUCUCAGCCUGCAUGGUCUCAAUGAGAUAUCAGAAGAGCAGAGAAGUGUGUUCUCUGUGCCGGAGAGCGACCUGAAGAGGAUCUUAUGGGUUUUGUCUCUGCCAGUCAUCACUCUGCUGUUCAUAACCAUCCCCGACUGCAGGAGACGGUUCUGGAAGCGGUGGUUUGUGAUAACGUUCUUCAUGUCAGCAGUCUGGAUUGCCGCUUUCACAUAUGUGCUGGUCUGGAUGGUCACUGUUGUUGGGGAGACUCUUGGCAUUCCUGACACCGUUAUGGGACUGACUUUGCUUGCUGCUGGAACAAGUAUACCUGACACUGUAGCCAGUGUGAUAGUGGCUAGAGAAGGGAAGGCUGACAUGGCCAUGUCCAAUGUUGUGGGCUCGAAUGUGUUUGACAUGCUGUGCCUAAGUCUGCCCUGGUUCAUAAAGACCGCCUUCGUGGACACCAACACACCAGUAGAAGUUAACAGUACCGGACUGGUCUUCACUUCCUCUACACUACUCCUUUCAAUCGUCUUCCUGUUCGUAGCCGUGCACAUCAACGGAUGGAAGCUGGACUGGAAGCUGGGACUCAUUUCCUUAUUUUGCUACAUCCUCUUCGCCACUCUGUCCAUCCUGUAUGAGUUGGGGAUUAUAGGGAAUAAUCCAGUGAGAUUGUGCAGUGACUGAAAUGUGAACUUCUCAGAACUGAUUAAACUGUCUAAACACCAAA